CAUCAUAAUUAUGCAUUUCAUGGCGUUGUUUGUCAUAAGUUUCUGGAAUUUAUUUAGCGUUGCAAAAACGUACGAAAAUAUUGCCUUGAAUAGACCUGCAUGGCAGCAAUAUCCUGAGUUUCCAGGUGUUGGACCAUUUGACGCGGAUCGUGCUGUAGACGGAGAUAAAUCAUAUUUGUAUGUUCACGGAGGGCAAUGUACGUUAUCCAAAUAUGAACGUUCAACAGCAGAAUGGCGGGUAGAUCUGGGAGGAGUACUCAGCAUACACCACAUCUUUAUUCAAUAUGCAACGAAUAAUGUUAUAUGGGAUAGGAAUAACACCUUGACCACUAAUUUUCUGGGAUUUUCGCUCUACGUAUCAAACACAACUACCAAGGAGGCUGGGGUACUUUGUUUUAAGGACACAUUCUACACAAGGGAUACAAUUCCUAACCCCCUUAACAUAUCAUGUCGUCUGAGUGGGAGAUACGUCAUCUACUACAACAACAGAACCCACUUUCCGCUACCUGCAGGAUAUAGUGCUUACGCCUCCAAUGAUUUAUGCGAAGUAGAAGUAUAUGGUUGUCCGAAUGCAAGCUACUACGGGGAAAACUGUUCUACAUCUUGCCAUCAGAACUGUUUGGAUGGACGGUGUGACGUCGUGGAUGGAACAUGUCUAGGCUGCAUUCAAGGAUACACCGGAUUGACUUGUGAUACAGGUUGUAAUACAAUUGUAAUUAAUAUAUAUUUCUACGGAAAACACCACCUUUUUAUGUAUAUUAUAUAUUUAAUAAAUUGA